GCCAAAAAGACUAAAUUUACGCGCGAAUUCGUUUCCGAACGGUGAAAGUGUAUAGUGAAAUUUGUUAUUAUGUUUUGUGUUGUUGUUUUUGUUGAAAAUUGUUGUUCUAGGUGAAUAUGAGCGCGAUAGUGAAUGCCGCAGCCGACGUCCUGUCAGGUUCAGCCAUCGCCGCUGCAGCGGGCUCACAGGUGGCAUGGUUCAUCCCAAUGCUGGUAGCGGCUAUCGCGUAUUAUCAGUAUGACCAGAACGAUCCCGAGGGUCGGCCGGGAGACAUCCCGGAAACAGAACUGCUGCCAGAGUACGAUUUCAUCGUAGUGGGGGCCGGCUCAGCUGGAGCAGUGGUAGCCAAUCGACUGUCAGAGAUUGGACAUUGGAAGGUGUUACUGCUGGAAGCCGGUGGACAUGAGACGGAGAUAUCGGAUGUGCCGCUCUUGGCUGGCUACCUGCAAUUGAGCAAGCUGGACUGGAAGUACAAGACAGAGCCCUCAGGAACUUCGUGUUUAGCUAUGGAAGGAGGACGAUGUAACUGGCCUCGCGGAAAAGUACUCGGUGGCAGCUCUGUGUUAAAUUACAUGCUGUAUCUAAGAGGCAACAAGAAAGACUACGACAUAUGGGAGUCCAUGGGAAAUAAAGGAUGGAGUUACAAAGACGUCCUGUACUACUUCAAAAAAUCUGAAGACAAUAAAAAUCCUUAUUUAGCACAAACACCAUACCACAGCACUGGAGGGUAUCUAACAGUUGCUGAAGCUCCAUAUCAUACCCCUUUAGUCUCAACUUUCAUAGAGGCUGGUUUAGAAAUGGGAUACAUGAACAGAGAUAUAAAUGGAGAAAACCAAACUGGAUUCAUGGUAGCGCAAGGAACUAUUAGAGGAGGCAGACGCUGUUCUACUUCAAAAGCUUUCUUAAGACCUGCAAAAGAACGCAAAAACCUUCACAUAGCUAUGCAUAGUCAUGUCGCCAGGGUGAUGAUAGAUCCUAGAACAAAAAUUGCCUUUGGAGUAGAAUUUAUCAGAAACAAAAUGAUACAUAGAAUACGGGCCCGGAAGGAAGUUAUUUUAUCAGCUGGAACAGUAAACUCUGCUCAGUUGCUAAUGCUUUCCGGCAUAGGACCAGCUGAAGAGUUGACAAAACACAGGAUACCAGUAAUACAAAAUUUACCUGUUGGACAAAACCUUCAAGAUCACAUAGGUUUAGGGGGUUUAGCUUUUAUGGUGAAUAAACCGAUUUCUAUUGUUGAACAUAGACUGCACACUAUGAGUACGUUAAUGGAAUACGCAGUGUUAGGAGAAGGUCCUUUGACAAUCAUGGGAGGAGUAGAAGGCUUGGGUUUUGUAAAUACAAAGUAUGUAAAUGCAUCCGACGAUUUCCCAGACAUAGAAUUUCAUUUCAUAUCCGGCUCAACAAAUUCUGAUGGUGGUGAACAGUUACGAAAAGUGCACGGACUUACUGAGCAAUUUUACGAUGCAGUGUUUAGGCCAAUAAACAAUAUGGAUGUCUGGAGUAUCAUUCCCAUGUUGCUGAGACCUAAAAGCAAAGGUUUUGUCCAACUCCGCAGUGCUAAUCCAUACGACUACCCCUAUAUAUAUCCAAACUAUUUAUCAGAUGAAGUGGAUGUUAAAACUUUAGUUGAAGGUGCUAAAAUUGCUUUUGCUGUGUCUAGGACAAAGGCAUUCCAAAGAUUUGGGUCAUCAUUCAACAAGCAUGUAUUUCCGGCCUGUGUAAGCAUACCGAGGUUUUCGGACACCUUCUGGGAAUGUAUGAUAAGACAAUAUACUUGUACCAUUUACCAUCCCGUGGGAACUGCGAAGAUGGGACCUUACUGGGACAAUGAAGCGGUCGUUGACCCUGAAUUAAGGGUGUAUGGUGUUAAAGGUUUGAGAGUGAUCGAUGGCAGUAUAAUGCCUACGUUGGUUAGUGGCAACACCAAUGCCCCAAUCAUCAUGAUUGGUGAGAAGGGAAGUGAUAUGAUCAAAGAGUUUUGGUUGAAGAGAAGGAUGUCGAGGUACUACGCCUGAUGAUGAUGUACAAAUCUUCAGUAUUUUGUCAGUAUUAUUUAUUUGUAAAUAGUUAAUUUAUUCUAAUUUAUUUUACAUAAAGUGAAGUACUGUG